AUGCUCGGGCGGCUUCUCACCAGCAUGCGGCCGCUGUUGCUGCUAGCCUUCUGCCUAUGCCUGCUGCUCAGGACUGCGGAAGCCUCCGUCGGCGACAGGCUGCCGGAGUUCCGAGAAUGUGUUCAGGUCUGCACCCGUGAGAACUGCAAUCCGAAGAACAACCCAACCCACAUCCCCCUCCACCACCGCCUCCUCCUAUGGACCUGCCCGCAAGAAUGCGACUACACGUGCCAGCACAUCGUGACGGCGCGCCGCGUAGCGAACAACAAACCGAUCACGCAGUUCCACGGCAAGUGGCCGUUCGUGCGGGUGCUGGGGAUGCAGGAGCCCUUCUCGGUGCUCUUCAGCCUGGGCAACAUGGUGGCGCACCAGAACGGGCUCGCCAAGGUUCGCCAGCAGAUCCCCGGUAGCUACCCGCUGCGCCGCUACUACGAGCUCUUCGCCUACUUCGGCAUCGCCACCUGGGUCGCCAGCGCCGUCUUCCACACGCGCGACUUCAAGGCCACCGAGCAGCUCGACUACUUCGCCGCCGGCGCCGGCGUCCUCUACGGCAUGUUCUACUGCGCUGUGCGCGUCUACCGCCUCGACCGUCCCACGCCGUGCCGCCGCAGCGUCCUCCGCCUCUGGACCGCCUUCUGCUGCGCCCUGUACGUCUGUCACGUCGCCUAUCUUAAGCUGUGGAAAUGGAACUACACGUACAACAUGGGCGCCAACGUGGUCGUUGGUCUGCUGCAGAAUACGCUGUGGAGCUGCUUCUGCGUCAAGAGGUGGAGAGAGACGCACAAGAUCUGGGCUGUCUGGCCGGGUGUCAUCGUGGUGUGGCUUGGCUUGGCCAUGAGCUUGGAGUUGAUGGACUUUCCGCCGUUGUGGGGAGCUCUGGACGCGCACAGCCUGUGGCAUCUGGGUACUAUUGGACCUAUAAUACUGUGGUACAGAUUCAUGGUAAAGGAUUCCCAGAACGACAUGGCCACCGGCAGGCUCAAAGAUACCAGAGAAUGA